AUGGCGCAAGCCGACGGAGAGGACACCAGAGAGGAAAGCUCUCUCGGUUAUGGGGAGAAAAUUGAUGCAAUGCGGGAGGAAAUCAAACAAAUGAGACAGUCGCUGGAUGCCGUAUUGGUAAAGAGUAAAGACAACUCCGAAGCCGAAAAGACGCUCGAUGAUGCUCAGAAGACGAAGCGAGGAGAUACAGACUCGGUCUUCUCUUCGAGGGUGACGCCGAGAACACUAAGCCCGAUGAACUCUACUUCCGCUCGGCUGAAUCCCGCGCGGAGAAUAGGGGGGCGGGAUACCAACACGCGAUUGGCCCUGACCAGGGAGGACUCACCGAGUCCAGCCUCUGAUUACGACCAGCAAUACGGGCCUGAGACAUUAGAAGAGCCGAUGGGCAGCCUCUAUGAGGUUACCAGACUGAGGAACAUCCGCAGUAAUCAAGCCAACACACCGCCCUCAGUGUCCACCGACAACAUCAAGUUAAACGACUUCAUCUCUCGAGGAGUUGUGUCAGAAGAGAAGGCGGAGGACUUAUACAACACGUUUCACAAAACACUCAACCACUACCUCUGGGUCGGCCUAGAGCAAGUCCAUCCAUCAUGGACGUCUGUACGAAAGUCUUCCGAGCUCCUGGCAGCAACAAUCCUGACAGUGACCGCACUACACCUACCAAUGUCUUCUGAUAUCUUCGAUGCCUGCUACAACGAAUUCCUCUCCCUCGUGUCCUCUUCCAUGUUCUCGAGAUACCACUCCGUCGACGAUGUCCGAGGCUUGUGCAUUUCUGCCUUCUGGCUCUCGGAACACUCCUGGAAACUGACCGGACAUGCGAUACGGAUCGCGACGGAGCUCGGGAUCCACCAAUCUUUCCCCUACGCUCUCGAAGGCGACAGGGAGCACUUCCUGAGGGCCAGACUCUGGUAUAUGCUCUACGUUUGCGACCGACAUUUCAGCAUAGCGUAUGGACGACCGCCGUCAGUAGGAGAGACAACACAGAUCCGAGAGUAUGACUUGUUCCUGUCUAGUCAUCUCUCAAGUGUACUUGACACGCGGAUCUUGAGCCAAGUCAGCUUGAUGCAGAUUCUAACACAGGUUUACGAACGUUUCUCCGAGCGCCCUCUCCCUACCAUGGAAAGCGUUCGCGCUGCUGGCUUUGGAAAAGCUCCGAGUACGACGGCACCUGACAGCCGCGUCGAACGCCCUUCCGCCAUGCUCUCCGAUUCCGACUUCGAUACCCUGCGCAGUUUCAACGUCGAGGUUGACCACUGGCGUAUGCGAUGGUACCCACGACAGCCACCGAGCCCCUUCAUCGGCCAGUUUACGAGCAAAGGGGUCAUUCUGUACUCUUACUUCGCAAAACUCCAGAUCAAUGCCCUUGCCAUCCGUGGCGUGUCGAUCAACUCGGACAAGCUGUCCACCGAGCGAAAAGAAUUCGCAAAUAUGGCCAUCUCGGCCGCUUCGAGUAUUCUUACACUGGUGCAAGAGGAGGACGACUUGCGAAAGGCAUUGGUCGGGACGCCUCUUUAUGUACACACCAUGAUCGCCUUUGCCAGCGUCUUCCUCAUGAAGGUGGCGUCUAGGUGGGAUGGCAUCAUGGGGUUGAACAUUGAGUACGCCAACGUCUCCCGGUUGUUGGAGAAGAUGGUCAUCGUCUUGAAGGAGGCCGUGACCUCGGAACGACACAUGCUCAAGCAUAUUGGCCAAGGGUUGGAGAAGAUGCUUGGUCGUAUGAGAGAGGCACGCAAACAGGAUACCAGCAGACAGGUUAGCGCACAUGGAAGCUCGGGUGCAGGCGCCAGCCCAGAUCCCUUUGCAUGGCAUAUUACCUCAGGUAACCAGGUUGGGAUCGAAGACGAGAGUGUCAAAGGCUUGCAAAAUUCGAAAUCGACGCGCACCAUUUUCGAUGGAACGCACUCCACGACUCAGGUAUGGGACCCCAACUCAUAUCCCGGGCAGCAGUCCAUCGCAGAGUCGGAGCUUGGUAUGUUUGGGGACAACCUGACUGGCAUGAACGAGACUUUUAUGUACGAGGCAUUUGGGACAGGAUCGGCUGGUGAUGUGUAUAAUAUGCUUUCUAGUCAGUUUCAAUACUGA